AUGGCCUCCUCUCCAAAAUUUGCGUGCAUCUUUUUCCUCCUUACAAUCCUUCUUUUCUCUAUCCAAACCUAUGCUAGAGAUAGCCGAUUCUUUAGCAAGGUUACUCGAAACGGCGAUGACACCACCACCACCACCACCACCACCUCCACCCCAACCACUAAAAGCAAUUAUUUCACCAACACCAACACCAACACCAACACCAACAAAGGUGAUGAUUUUGUUCCCUUAGAAAAGCUAGAGAAGCAAGACGAACAGCCCACUUUUAUCCCUCAAACCACCGAAACCGGUUACGGCCUAUACGGCCACGACACCGGCCUAGACCCCCCUUCCACCACCACCACCACCACCUCCUUGUACAACAUGGAUGAAAAUCACAACAACAACAACAAAUAUGAGAAUUUCAACAACUACUACAAGAACAACAAUGAUUUGAAUCAUCAUGAGAAGAAUUAUGCACCCGAGUUGAAAGGAUCAUUUGAUACUAAGUUCUACAACGACGACAACAACAACAACGAGAAUUUCAACAACUACUACAAGAACAACAACAACAACAACAACAACAACAACAAUGAUUUAAAUGGUGAGAAGGAUUACGCUUCCGAGUUGGAAGGAUUAACUGAUAAUAAGUUCUACGACAACAACAACAACAAUGAGAAUUUCAACAACUAUUACAAGAACAACAACAACAAUGAUUUGAACCAUGCGAAGUUUGGCAGCCAUGAUUGGUCCUACAACAAUGGUGAAGGUAAGUAUUACAAUGGCGCGUCGGCGGCAGAGAAGCAAGGGAUGAGUGAUACAAGAUUCAUGGAGAAUGGCAAAUAUUUCUAUGAUGUUGAUGCUGAGACUAAUAAUAAUAAGUUUGUUAAUCCUUCCAAUAAUUACAUGUCUUACGACACUAAUUACAACACUAAUAAUGGGUAUUUUGGUAACAAAGAGACCAAUUACGAGCAAGUUUACAACAACAACAAGAUGAACAACAACAAGUAUUUCAAUGGAAAUGGGAUGCAGAAAUAUCAAAACCAGAUUCCAGAAGAGGAAGAGUUUGAAUUUGAUCAGCCUUAA